AUGAAAAUGCCGAUUUCUACCGCGGACGUUAAUGGCUCGAAUGGGCAUGCACUGGGAUCCGCCGUACCCGGAAGCUCCCUUCCAAACGGGUCUUCUGUAAUGUUAAAUGGCAAUGGACUUUCAGUCAACGACGUUUCCACCCAUCUAGUUUCGACACACCGGACGCUGGAUUCCAAAGACACGAAUCAAAUCCCUAUCGCGAUCUGUGGCAUGUCAGUUCGCCUUCCCGGAGGCUUACACUCUCCCCAAGACCUCUGGAACUUCCUCAUCGCUAAACGUGAUGCACGCGGUCCGGUACCAAAGUCGAGAUAUGAUGCUUCUUCCUACCAUUCCAAAUCUGGGUACCCCGGCACAGUCAAGACUGAAUAUGGCUAUUUUCUUGAUGACAGUAUCGAUAUUUCCAACAUUGAUACAUCAUUCUUCCACAUGGGGAAGGCAGAAGUCGAGAGGGUAGACCCCCAUCAGCGGCAGAUGUUAGAGGUAGCUCGCGAAUGUAUGGAAGAUGCCGGCCAGACGGAGUGGAAGGGACGACCGAUCGGCUGCUACAUGGGCAGCUUUGGAGAGGACUGGGUGGAAAUGUUUGCCAAAGAGAACCAGCAGUAUGGUCUGCACCGCGUGAGCGGAUAUGGAGACUUUGUUCUCGCCAAUCGUGUCUCAUAUGAGAUGGAUCUCACCGGCCCAAGUAUGGUGACCCGGACUGCCUGUUCCUCCUCCCUUGUCGCACUCCAUGAGGCCUGUAUCGCAGUCUCCCGCGGUGACUGCGAAGGAGCCAUUGUGGGUGGCGCCAAUCUGAUCAUGGGGCCGGGCAUGACCGCCGCAAUGUCCGAGCAAGGUGUUCUUUCGCCCGAUGGGUCGUGCAAAUCUUUCUCUGCCGAUGCCAAUGGCUACGCCCGAGGAGAGGCGAUUUCGGCCAUUUUCAUCAAGCCCUUGGCCGACGCAAUUCGUGAUGGCAAUCCUGUCAGGGCUGUCAUUCGAGGCACCGCCUCUAACAGCGAUGGACGUGGAACGGGUGGUAUGCAGGUUCCUAACGACAUUGCUCAAGAAGCCAUGAUCCGACGAGCCUACAGCAUCGCUGGGAUCCACGACUUCUCCCAAACCGCAUUUGUGGAAUGUCAUGGUACCGGCACGUCGAUUGGGGACCCGAUCGAGACCAGGGCCGUUGGUCGUGUCUUCGGUCCGCAUGGGGGUAUCCAGAUCGGCUCCGUGAAACCAAACCUGGGACACUCAGAAGGUGCCUCCGGUCUGACAUCGGUCAUCAAGUCCGUACUCGCUCUGGAGCAUGGCAUCAUUCCGCCAAACAUCAAGUUCGCCGAACCCAACCCCGACAUCCCGUGGGAGUCCUGCAAGCUCUCGGUCCCCACGGAACCGAUGCCCUGGCCACAAUGCCGGAGCGAGCGCAUCAGUGUCAACUCGUUUGGCAUCGGCGGCAGCAAUGCCCACAUCAUCAUGGACUCUGCGAAGAGCUUUGGCAUCGAUGCCAUCCAGGAGCAGCCGUUGACGUCGCCACAGCUGCUGGUGUUCUCGGCCGCCAGCGCGGAGUCGGUGAAGAAGGCGGUUGCCGUCUACAAAGACUUCGUGCUGAAGAACCCUGGCCGCGUCAACGACCUCUCCUUCACCCUCGCCAACAAACGAGAGCACCUGCCCCAUCGCGCAUAUGCCGUGGUGAAUCUGUUUGGCGGCGUCAAUGCCUCGGUGCCGCUCAAGUCUGGCAAGCCCCCCAGUCUCGUCAUGGUCUUUACGGGUCAGGGCGCGCAGUGGCCCGAGAUGGGCCGCUGUCUGAUGCUGGAUCUGUCUUUCCCGAUCUUUCGACAGAGCAUCCAAGGGUUGGAUGCGCAUCUGAAAUCCAUUGCUCCUGCGCUCACAUGGUCCUUGGAGGAGGAGCUCCAAAAGCCCGCCAAAACCAGCAGGCUGGGCUCAGCGGAAUUGUCGCAGCCUCUUUGUACUGCAAUCCAGAUCGCCCUAGUCGAUACACUCGCCUCGGUUGGCGUCACUGCCUCCGCCGUCGUGGGUCAUUCCAGUGGAGAAAUAGCGGCAGCAUACGCCGCGGGCGCCAUCACGGCAACGGAGGCCAUGACGGUCGCGUUCUUCCGAGGGCAGGUCACAAAGCUCCAGACGAAGUUGGGGUCGAUGGCUGCCAUCGGAAUGGGAUCGGACAAUGUGCAGCAACACUUGCAGCCAGGGGUGGUGGUCGCCUGUGAAAAUUCUCCGAGGAGUGUGACCCUUUCUGGCGACACCGAAGCGGUCGAAUCUGUAGUUGCGAGUAUUCAAAGAGCUCAUCCAGACAUUUUGGCGCGGAAAUUGAAAGUCGACAAGGCCUAUCAUUCACCGCACAUGGGUGAGAUCGGCUCCUGUUACCGUGCCCUGAUCGAAAAUAUAUCGCCAAAGACACCGCAAAAACCAUUCUUUAGCAGCGUCGAAGACGGCCUGUUGAGAUGCGACUCACACUUUGGGCCCGAAUACUGGCAGAAGAAUCUGGAAUCUCCUGUGAAAUUUCGAUCGGCAAUCGCGACGAUUCUACAGCAUGAGAUGGCGAGCAACAUGAUGUUCCUGGAAGUGGGCCCCCAUGCGGCUCUGGAAGGCCCCUUGCGACAGACUCAAGCUGAGUACUCCAACUCCUCACCCUAUGCCUCCGUGCUCGUUCGCAAUCAGAACGACGUGGAGUCGCUUUUGGCAGCAGUCGGUAAACUCCACUCUCUCAACUACCCCGUUGACCUCAGCCGGGUUGUGACUCAGGGCUCGACUCUACCUGAUCUCCCCCGCUAUCCCUGGGAUCAUACAAAGGCGUUUUGGUAUGAGUCGAGGCUGAGUCAUGCUUGGCGACACCCUCAGCACAAGUAUCACAAUCUUUUGGGCCAAAAGGUGGCCGAAAGCACAGAAUUUGAGGUGUUGUUUCGUAAUGUCUUCCACUUGGACCAUGCCCCUUGGAUGCGCGACCACAAGGUGGGCGAUGACAUUGUCUUCCCCUUUGCGGGCUACGCUGAAAUGAUUGGUGAAGCAAUUCGUCAACUGACUGGCGUGUCGGAGGCAUUCAAGCUACGAAAUGUCGUGAUCAGUACAGCUCUUGUCUUGAAAGGAAACCAACCCACGGAGAUCAUGACAACGCUACGUCGGCAUCGUUUAACCGAUACCCUAGACAGCGAAUGGUGGGAAUUUACAAUUGCAUCCCAUAAUGGGAACCUUUGGGCAAAGCACUGUGUGGGCGAGGCCCGAUCCCACACUGAGCCCAUGGAAUUGGCGGAGGAGAGCCAACCUCUGGUGCGCAAGGUGACCACUCGCCGAUGCUAUGAUGCUAUGGCCAGGGCUGGUCUCAACUAUGGACCGUCAUUCCAGCGCCUCGACUACAUCCGAUCGGGUACCACACAGCAAAUCGCAACCUCCGAAGUUGAAAGCAGACCAACGGACGACAAAGAUUAUCACAUUCAUCCCUCUAUUCUGGACGCCUCAUUGCAACUCCUCAGCGUUGCGGCGACAAAGGGCUAUGUCAACACCACUGGAAAUAUGAUGAUUCCAACCAGUAUUCAGGAGAUAUGCAUUUUUCGCUGCCACGAAGACAUCCAAAUUCGUGCCUCCGCGUCGUAUUCUCCAGGUGGGUGCAUCCUAGGCUCUGGGGAGUGUGUGCAGAGCGAUGGAAAGGUUGUCUUGCGUAGCUCUGGAAUCAAACUGUCCGGUGUCGACCAUCAAGAAUCGCUGGGUACUCGAGAUGGGUUUGCUCGUGCUGAGUGGGCACCACACAUCGAUUUUCUCGACAUUCCAACCCUCAUCAAACCGUCUUCUGAUCGCAGCGCCCACAUGCGUGCGUUGGCGGAGCUGUCACACUUGUGCAUGGUUCACACUAAAAGAACCAUCGCGCCCCUGGAUACGUCACUUGACCAUAUGCACAAGUUCAAGUCCUGGGUAGAAAACCAACUCCUAUCAACGGACCUUCAAAGUUUUGAGGCGCUCAACAACUCGGCAAUUGAGCAUCGUGUAAAGCGAAUUGUCCGCGAGCUAUCGCAUACUCCUGCUGCUGGUCCUUCUAUGGCAAUCCAAAAGAUUUUUGUCAAUAUCGACAGGAUUUUUACAGGCGAGGUGCAGGCACUCGACCUUCUCAUUUCGGACAACACAUUGACUAGUUUGUAUGCUUCCAUGGAUCAAUGUGACGAGUCCCAGUUCUUUGCGCAUCUCGCCCACACCAAGCCCAACUUGCGGAUUCUCGAGGUCGGAGCCGGAACAGGCGGAUCCACUGAAAAUAUCCUGAAGCAUCUGACUGCGGGAAACAGAACACUCUACUCCAAAUAUACAUUCACAGAUAUCUCAUCCGGCUUUUUCCCUGCUGCGAGAGAGCGCUUUGCCACGUACUCAAAUAUCGAAUAUUCGACCCUCGAUAUCAGCAAAGACCCCUUUGAUCAGGGCUUCACUGGACGCAAAUAUGAUCUCAUAAUCGCAACAAAUGUUUUGCAUGCUACUCCCUCCCUGAACGAGAGCCUUUCUAACGUUCGAAAACUGCUCGAAACUAAUGGUCGCCUUCUUCUUCAUGAAUUGACCCCGACCUCCAAGUGGGUGAAUUAUAUCUGGGGUACCCUACCUGGCUGGUGGUACGGUCUGGAUGAUGGUCGAGUCAAUGAGCCAUACGUUGGCGUGGCAAGAUGGAAUGAAGAGCUGAAAGCUGCCGGAUUCCGUCCUCCGGACGCGACGGUCCUCGACUCGCCGGAGCCGUAUCAGCUGGGCGCGGUCAUUGUGGCCAGGCCAGCCGUGGCAGAAUUGCCUAUCAAGAGGGUCACUCUUCUUGCAUUAUCGCGAUCAAAUAAUGUGGAACUCAUGCUCCAGGGUCUUGAAAACCGCGGUUAUGUUGUUUAUCUGCGAGGAUUGCAUGAGCUUCCGCUGCCAAAAGAUCAGGACGUCAUUGCCAUGCUGGACGAUGAGGGUCCAUUUUUCGAGGAUAUGGAUGACGAGCGUUUCCAUGCUUUCAAAUCUCUGGUCGACGGAUUGAAUGAAAGGGGGCUUCUAUGGGUGACUGGCCUCUCGCAGAUUCAAUGCCAAGAUCCACAAUUUGCGCAGAUCAACGGUGCAGCUAGAUCUCUUCGCUCUGAGAUGUUGGUCGACAUAGCCACUUGCGAGGUUGACAGCGUUGCUCGAUCGACAGGGAAGAUUGUUGACGUCUUCGAGCAAUUCCAGACUCGUGAGAAAGAUCAUAUUCUCAACCCAGAAUUUGAAUAUGUGGUCAUCGACAAUACGGUCCAUGUCGGACGUUUCCAUUCCUUUUUAGCACAAGAUGAGCUCUUGACCUCGGAUCCCAGUGACAGCAUUGCUCUACGAACAAACAAGCCGGGGCAUUUGGCAGCCUUGCAUUGGGAAUUCAUGGAAGCGGAGAUGCUGAAGGACAAUGAUGUGGAAGUUGAAAUCCAUGCGACGGGAUUGAAUUUCAAGGAUGUACUUGGUGCGAUGGGUAUUGUGGAGAAUCAAGAGAAUGGGUUCGGCCUUGAAGCUGCUGGUAUUGUCCGUCGGACGGGCCCCCAUGUGAGAAGCCUCAUCCCAGGCGACAGGGUUAUGCUUCUCUCCUCUUGUUCUUUCGGCUCGAGUACUAUCAUAUCCGAAAAUGUUUGUGAGAAGAUACCUGGCGGCUUGAGUUUUGAAGAUGCCGCCACCAUGCCUUGUGUUUUCGCUACGGCGUUAUACUCCAUAUUCGACAUUGGAAAUCUGAGGCGAGGCCAGUCCAUUCUCAUCCACAGUGCUUGCGGUGGAGUAGGCCUAGCUGCCAUUCAGCUGGCCCAGAUGAUAGGUGCUGAGAUAUACACCACGGUUGGUAACGAUGACAAAGUCAAGUUUUUGAUGGAUACAUUUGGGUUAGCGAGAAACCGAAUCUUUAAUUCUCGCAGUACCUCGUUCGUGGAUUCCGUCAUGCGAGAAACCAAUGGCGAAGGUGUCGACCUCGCGCUCAAUUCUCUCUCGGGUGAAUUGUUGCACGCCACCUGGUCCUGCAUUGCAGAAUUUGGAAAAAUGGUCGAGAUCAGCAAGCGUGAUUUGAUAGGGUCUGGAAAGCUCGACAUGAGUCCAUUCCUCGCCAACCGAAGCUAUUGCUGUGUCGACUUGGAUCAGAUCUGUCGUAAAAGAUCAAAGAUUGCCAAACGACUCUUGAAGGAGAUUGUUCAUCUUGUUAGAGAGCGUUACAUCCAUCCUAUCCGUCCUAUCAAGAUAUUCACAGCCGAUGUCAUUGUUGACGCGUUCCGUUACAUGCAACAAGGUGUGCAUCUCGGAAAGAUCGUCGUAUCGCUUCGCGACACAACUGGUAAAGUCCACGUUGGCGAGACAAUUCAACGGCGGAAGAAGACUAGUGCCCUGGACAGCUCCAGUUCAUUCCUGCUAGUCGGUGGUCUUGGGGGCUUGGGCCGCGCGGUGUCCACGUGGAUGGUCGAACGGGGAGCUCGCCACUUUAUUUACCUUUCUCCAAGCGCAGGGACCAAACCCGAGCAUCGGGAAUUUGCGGACGAACUCUCGAGCAUGGGCUGCCGUGCGGACUUUGUUCAGGGCAGUGUGUCGAGUCUGAAAGAUGUUAUCAAGGCUGUGACCCGUGCCGAAGGACGACUCAAAGGCAUCCUGCAGAUGUCGAUGGCGCUGGGUAACCAGACAUUCCCUCGUAUGACGACUGGAGAAUGGAACACCGCAGUUGAUCCCAAGGUUCGGGGAACUUGGAAUCUUCAUCAUGCGUCCGUCUCUGCGCAGGCAGACCUUGAUUUCUUCGUUCUCUUCAGUUCCAUUUCUGGCAUAUGUGGCCAGCCUGGCCAAACCAACUAUGCUGGUGCCAACACAUUCAUGGACGCCUUUUCUCAGUAUCGCCUGAGUUUGGGGCUCCCCGCCUGUGCCAUCCAGAUUGGUGCAGUGGAGGAAGUUGGCUUCCUUGCCGAACACGAUGACAUCAAGCAAAAGCUCAAAGCUGCUGGUGCUUUACCUGCGGCAAUUUCCGAGUCUGAACUCCUUCAGGCAUUGGACAUCGCCAUGCAGUCAACGUCUUCCCAAUCCAGUUCGACCACCAAUAAUAUUUGCCUGGGUCUCCGCACGAGCAUCCCACUGAGCGAUCCUCAGAAUCGGCUGCUUUGGAAGAAGGAUGUCCGAAUGGCCGUCUUCCACAACAACGAAGACCCCGGGGCCGGCUCGGGGACACCGGUGAACGACGGUCUGAAGGCGUUUAUUCUCGCCGCCAAGGCCGACGCAACCUUCCUGACCAAGGAGGACGCCGCCCACUUCCUGGCUGUCGAGAUUGGGAAAAAGGUGUUUAGUCUUCUCCUCAAGCCCGAAGAAGACCUCAUGACAUGGUGCUCUCUUCCCGAGCUUGGCAUGGACUCCCUCGUUGCCAUCGAAGUGCGACAAUGGUGGAAGACGAUCUUCGAGUUCGACAUCAGUGUGCUCGAGAUGCUCGGAAUGGGGACUCUGGAUGCGCUGGGCGAGCAUGCCGUGAAGGGGAUGCUCCAGUCGUUCCAUGGCGCGCAGGGAUAG